AUGUCAUUCCAACAGCCUGACGUUCAGGCGUUGUUUGAACAAUACCCUCUGGGGGUGGAAACUUGGAAAGCUGUCGAAACCAAGUACACAAUCGCCAGCUAUAGGGAUGCGGUCGGCUAUCUCAAGUACUUAUUUGAUCGCCUUGCUGAUCCGACCAUUACGACUGAAGCUGGGUUAUUGAUUGCUGAAAAGUUGACUGCGUUUAUGGCCAAGUACAAUGACGAGUCCAGGAAAGCGCUCCUCUUCCUUUAUGGUACAGGGAACUCCAAGGUGAGAGAUCUCUUCUUUUCUCAAGUUGGACUGACUGCCACCGUGACGGCGGACGAAGUUUUGAAUUUCUUUACCUAUCAUGAUGAGCUUUCCCCACCUGCAAUAUCCUCCGCCUUGCUUGUACUGUCCUCGUCUCAAUCUGGGUAUGCAAUAACGCCUUCUCCAUCUGGCCGUCGUCAGGUUACUCGCAACAUGACGAGAGCAAAAGGUAAUGACCCGGUGUGGAAUAUUGACUGCUACAAUUGCUAUGGGUGUGGUCAUACGGCGAAUUCCUGCACCUCUCCUUUUCGUGAAAGUUAA